AUUUUUGAUGGGUCGUGUUAUCACUUUAGGUUUAGUUAAGAUUUUAUCGUUGGUGGGUUGUUCCUAUAAUUCGGUCGUAGCGAUAAACGCGUUUAGUCAGAAAGAGAAAAGCGAAGAGUUCACUGCAAAAGUUCAAGACGUCUGUGCGGUGUGUGCAUAUAUUUUUUUCCACAAAAAAUUUUUAUAUCCAGAAAAAGGUGAAAUAUUAAAAAUGAAUCAAAUGACGCAGAAGAGAGAUACAUCGCGGGGAUUCCCCGGAAAAUCAAAGCCGAGGCAUCCGGGAAACGAUGAUAAAAAAUCGCGAAAUCCUAUAAAUAGAUUUGGAAGUCUGAAAAUUGAUGAAAAUAAGAAAGAGUGCACUCACUUCAUUUCGAUUCCUUUCAAUGACGAUGAUUUCAAAAAGGCUUUCAAUGUCUUUCGUGACGAUUUGAAAAAUAAUUACGGAAGAUACCAUGUUCACGAAGAUAUUAUUCAGAAAACGGAAAAGUUGCACAGGACUAUCAUCAAUUUGAGACUUCCUACCCAAGGGGAUAUCGAUCGUGCGAAGAAAGUAUUCGAAGGCGAAAAGGAUGCUGUGGAGAAGAUUAUAAAAAGGAAUAAGCAAACCAAACAUGUAAUCAUUGUAGGAUUGCAGGAGCCACGGAAUUUAAUGAGAGCAUUUGCCUUGUAUGCUAAUCUUAGAUCUCAAAUUAUUGUUGAGAUCACAAAUCAUCUAACCGAAGUAUUUGAGAAAGCCAAUAUUAUAAUAUGUUCCGAUAAUCCUGUAAGUAACAGGAUCACCGUUAUUCAGAAAAGUCUCCUCACACCAGAGAACACCCAAAGAAUUGAUUAUUCUUUCAAUCCUGGGCCCAUACUUCACAAGUAUAAGAAUUAUGAAUUCGGAAAAUUCAACAUAAAAGAGAUAAAUUUGUCUCGACGACGUAAGUAUGGUACUGAUGGAUAUUUCGAAUCUGAGGCGGUAAUGAGUUUCUAAAUGAAAACACUUUGAACGCUUUGAAUGAACCCUUAUGAACCAAUAACUUUGCUGAUAUGACAAUCUCAGUAUUGAUUCUUGGAACUUGGAACUUUUAUAUUUUUAUUGAUUGUUUUCUGUUGCAUUGAUUUAUCAUAAAUAUUAACAUCUGGAAGAAUAGGGCUAAAAUGGGUACAAUUUUGAAUUAAACAUUUAGUUUUAGAAAAUACAUAAAAAAUUGCAAGAGGCUGUUGCAAUGAAAAAUAUUAAGUUUUACACAGAUCAACAAUAAAAAUUUUAAAUUUUGCAGAAAGCAGCCUCAACAAGGUAGCUUUGAAGAUAUUCUGAGCACCGUUUAAACCAUUUAGCAUUUGUAACUCCUUAAUAUGAAAUUUAAAAUUUAUCCCUGAAUUUUUAAAAAGAAUUAUGUAUUCUAGAGAAUACAAGUGCUAUAAUCGCUAUAGUUAAUAUUUUAGCACUUACUGUGUUAUCACACUUGCACAUUAAAAUUUUAAUAUGAUUCACAUUAAUUGUCGCUGGUGAGAGUCCAAAUGUGUAAUUUGUGUGUUUGAAUCAUUUUAUAUUCAAAAUUUGAUCUAUUUGUUGAUAAAAAGGUAGACUUGGCCCGCAAAAUUUGAUAUAAAUUGAUUUAUAGCAUUAAUGCGAAAAAUUAAUGUGAUUUUCUCUUUAAUUUUUUAAUGUGAAAAAGAUUUAUGAUUUAGGUAAAUGUAAUUUAUUUUUGCAUGCCAAGUCUACUUCUUUAUCAAUAAAUAGAAAAACGCCAAAUAUUAAGUGACUCAAAGACACAAAUAACAUAUUUGGACGCUCACAAGAGACAAUUAAUGUGAAUCACAUUAAAAUUUUAAUGUGCAAGUGUGAUAACGCCGUAUACAUGGUUCAGCUUAGAUUUGAUUAUGAAGUGAUUUUGUCUCUUAUCCUUUUAUUACAAAGACCGUACACUCUUUAAUAUGUCCCAGGUCUAAUAGGGCUCCCCCUACAUUCAAAUACUACCCAUAAUAAUACAAUCAAUUUAUUCAAAUAAUCUUAAUCUAUCAAUAGUUAUUAACUAUAAACUAAGGAAUGUAAUAUUGCAAAGAAUUAAAUAAAUUACAUUUUAAAAA